AUGCUGCUGGGCCAGAACGAGCGCGGCACCACGCCCCAGGAGGCGGAGAAGGCGGCGCUCCUCGACGGGGAGUGCCAACUGGAAGUCUCGGCGCGGCUCCAGGCGAUCGAACGGGCGCUGGUGCUGCAAGUCUCUUGGCGGCCAGUGCCAAGAGCCGUGCGCUUGGACCGCAACCUCGCCGCCCACGUCGAGCUCAGCGAGGGCGCCGGGGUGCUCGGCCUGUCGCCCAAGGAGAAGAGGAGGCGGCAACGAGGCCGCAGACGCAGGUGCACGGACAUGGACUCCAUCGAGACGGCGGACGUGUCCGAGCAGGCGGAUCUCUCGGACCAGGCGGACUCGACGGGUGGCUCGCAGCGUACGGGUGGCUCGCAGCGCAUGGAGAUGGACAUCGAAAGCAAGCAGUCCCAGUGCAAGGAUAUCGAUGGCGGCAAGUUCCAGCUGCACGAGGCGACCAUCAAGGAGAUGAUGCACUGGGAGAUCUCGGAGCUGAAGACAGCCAGAGCCCCGGCGGAAUCGGAAGUGAAGCAGUUGCAGCAGCAGGUCGUGACAUUGCACGCAAAGCUGGACAACAACGUGGCGACGGCCUCCGAGUACCACAGCAUGGUCGCAGGGCUCGAAGCCGAGCUUGAGUACGUGAGGGCGGCACUUACUUCGGCGACCAGGGGCAGCGAUGACCUGGCGCAGCAGGUCGUAGAGCUGGAGUCCAAGCAAUCGGAUGCGAAGCCUGAGGAGAUGAGCCUCCGAGUGGCGCUCGCCGACACUGAGCGGAAGCUAGACGAGAUGAAGAACGACGCCGCCGAGGCCUGCCAGCAGGCUCUCGACCUGGCGGAGAAGACCGACAAGGCCGGAGAGGCGCUGAGGUGA